AUGGAAGAUACCGAGAGAAGCAUUUCCCGCCUUUGGAGAUCGUUCAAAACCGUCAAGGAAAUGGUCAGAGACAGGGGCUACUACAUCGCCCAGGAGGAGAUCGACAUUCCGUUGGACGAGUUCCGCUCCAAGGUGUGCGACAGCAUGAACAUCCCGCAGAGAAAGUUAAUGUGUUUCCAGGCGCAACCGACUGCUGAGGCGUUGGCAAAGUACUCGGAAUUGGGGUCCUUGUGGGUCGAGUUCUGUGACGAGGCCAACGUCGGUAUUAAAACCAUGAGAAACUUCUGUAUCCACAUCUCCGAGAAAAACUUUCUGACCGGUAUUUUCAUCUACCAGGAUCGUAUCACCCCGUCAGCGAGCAAAUUAGUGCCAACCGUGGCGCCAGCCACCAUUGAGACCUUCCAGGAGUCCGACUUGGUUGUCAACAUCACCCACCAUGAGUUAGUGCCGAAGCACGUGAGAUUGUCCAUCGAGGAGAAGAAGGAUCUCUUGGAGAGAUACAGAUUGAAGGAGUCGCAGUUGCCUAGAAUCCAGAGAGAAGACCCUGUCGCCCGCUACUUGGGUUUGAAGAGGGGCCAGGUUGUCAAGAUCGUUAGAAGGUCUGAAACCUCCGGCAGAUAUGCCUCCUACAGAGUCUGUCUCUAG